CCUUGAUCACCCGUGGUACCUAUUGUCCAGUCCAGCAUUGAGCAUGUAGAAAUAUCCAACGGUCGCAAGCCACAGAUACGUCGAGGAGUGCCUGGGCUGGAUUGAAUGCAACUGCAACACUGCUCAGAUAAUCAUGCAUGAACCUGGAAUUCCAACAAUCUGAUCUCACAUGACCCCGCCAACCCCUUCACCGACUUAAUUUAUUCUGAUCUUCCCCGCACCCCAAGCAAGAUCAUCGCUCCCUCUCAGAAAAUCCACCCUUCCCUACGUCCUAGAAGUUAUAGAAAUAGCACUAUAGCUAUAAUGACAAGGUCUCUACCGCGUAUUGCCUGUUUCCACGGUGGCGGGUCAAAGGGCGCAAUCUACGAGGUUCAAUGCUCGCAGCUGGCCGGACUGCUCAAGAAUGACUUUCAAUUCGUCUUCUUCGACGGACCUUUCGAAAGCGGACCAGGACCAGGCAUUCUGCCCGCUUUCCGUGAUUACAAGCCUUUCCGGUCAUGGUUCAAGAAGGACGGAUCGGAAACUGAGCAAAAUGAUGGGAGUGGAUACGACAUCUCGGGGCGGGACGGUGUAGAGCGGGUUUGGAAAUUGAUCGAAGCGGCGGGGCCCGGUGGGGAAUGGGUGGGCGUAAUGGGAUUCAGUCAGGGCACCCGCAUUACCAGUGGACUAUUGUUGGAUCAACAGCGGAGAGCAGCAUUGGGGGAGCUGGGAAGUACUCCGCAACUGAAGUUUGGGGUGCUGUGUAUGGGUGGUGGUGCACCCAUGGUGUCGGAAAUUGGUCAUCAGAUGGCCGAUACGGGAUCGACGGAUUUAAUCAAGAUACCGACGCUACAUGUUCAUGGAUUGAAGGAUAUGUUUUUAGCAUUGGGAAAGCAACAACAUGCGACGUAUUAUGAGUCGAGCACAUCAAAGGUAUAUGAGGUUGAUUAUCAUCAUGCCAUGCCUUGGUAUAAGCAUGAAGUCCAGCGAUUGGCGGAAUUGAUCCGCGAGUUGUAUAAAGAGUCCAAUCGAAAUUGAAGGAUUGGUUCGGGUGUUAGUGGAAGGCUUCUAGGGUCAGUGCGAAUGGGUAACAUAUGUUCCUUGUCUGGUUAAUAUUUUAACGGUCGAUUAUGUGGCACAGUCGGUCUGUAGAAGGCGUUAUAGACGGACAUUCGGUUGGACCCCAGAUUUCCUCAUAUGGCAAGGUGGGCGUUCAAGGCAAACAUACUUAUCAUAAUGAAACGUAUGUCAACAGACCACGAUAUUAUCAAGGCUAAGAGACACAUACCUCCACUUUUGCUACGCAUUUUCUUUGGUCUGAGACAAUGCGACUGAACUUGAACUGAGCACGGCGCGACCCAGGCACAGUUAGUACUAACAAGGAAAACAGUCAUAGAAAAUAAAUCCGCAAGCAACUCCCAGCUUUUGGCUGUCUACCAGAAUUCACGUCAUGUUGAGAUCCCAACGUGCGCUAGUUUUUUUCUCAUGCACGGGAAUAUGUGAUGGAGACAAGGUGUCCUGGAUGCUAUUGCAGGGCUGGUGGUCUCGUUUACUAUGGCAUUAACCAGAGCAAAAGUGUUAAUCGCAGAACAGUCCAGGAGUCCUGUGAUGCUAAUUCCUCCAUGAGUAGGCAGUUACCUCUUUUCCGGAAGGGGCAGCCUCAGAAUACUGGAAUCGUAUACAGCCACCAUCCUGUCCUUCCUGAUUGAUCUCUUGGGAAGAGUGUC